CUCGCUCUUAUUCAUCUUCCUGCUGAGUGCGGUCACGCGCUCCUGGUCCGUCUCAUCCCACGUCAGCUGGACCUAAUUGGACAAACAUACUGGUGAUGUCACAGAGGUGGGUUCAGACUCCGCCUCCUGGCAAUUCAGGCUGCGCUCUACCUUGGAGGUGGCAUUGGCAGACGAGGUGAAUAGUUUGGGCGCGUACACCGCCAGGUUUACGUCGGUGGCGGUGUCUUCGGGUUCGUCCUGGAAAGUGAUCUCAUCAGGAAUGAAGCUGAAACAGCAAACACCAGUAGGUCAGAGCGCAGGUCAAGGGUCACGGCAGUGGGUGUGGCUCGUACCGCAGGUCUAGGAUGGAGCAGCUGCUCUCAUACUCGUAGCCGUCGCACUCCUCGUAGAUUUUGGCAGCGGUGGCGGCUGAGUCGCACUCAGCCACGGCGUAGAAAUACUUUAGGCGCUUGAACUGGUAGUCUCGCAUCUUCUCCCUGUACGUCCUGAGAACACGCACAUGCACGUCACGCCCACGGCCACACAAGACAACAUUGCUAGCAGAGUGCCACCUGUCGUCCUCCGUGUCGUCCUCGGAGUCGUCAGGCAGUGUUCGCAGCUCCGGCGGCCCCUGCGCCUCCUCCAACCUCAGCCUCUCCUUGCCAAAGUCAGACGGGUAGAUCUGGACGGAAACAACCAGCAUUCUUUGCUGCACUGCACAUCCACAGUGUCUUUGUGCCAGCUCCGCCCCCCUACCUUAACUGACAGCACAGCGCCCCCCUCAGGACAGAAGGAGCUGAGCAGGGCCAGCAGGUCUUUGGCCUUCAAGCGGUCCCAGUCCAUGUUGCACAUGGCCAGUCUGCGUGAGACCUGAAAGACACACCUAGUGAGAUCAGCGAGACCACCGCCUGCUUCCUUCUCGCUACUCGUAAAUUAACCUCGUCACUACGUGGCGCGUCUUUGCACAGCUCGCCCCACUCGUGCUCAAUCUCCUCUUCCUCACAACGAAGGACUCCAUCCACGUCGUCUUCCUCGUCUUCAUCCGAACUGCUCUCAACGUUGCCUUUCCCACGGGCUAGGUCAGGACCGCUGUCGUCUCCUGAAUCCGAACCAGACUCGUCAUCGCCUGCCUCGCUGUCCUCUUCUUCACCAUCAUCAUCAUCAGAACCUGCGCAAGCAGACUAUUUUAGAUUUAGACAAAAAAAGUCUUCCUCAUCAUUCUUCACUUUCUCACCUUUGCCCUGCGCUGACCUUCUCUCAUCUUCAUCUUGGUCGUCAGAGUCAGACAGCUGGUAGUAGCGUUUGAGGUCUUCGGUGGAGGUGUGGUUGAUAGGUCGGCCCCGCUUGUCCACAGUGUACUUGACUUUGAAGCGCUCGUCGUGGAACAUGGACUGGAAACGCUUGUCAAUCUUCACCUUGCGUUCUCUCUCUGGCAUCUCCCAGAAGCGAGGGUCCCGCUUGACCCGCGUGAAACGCUCAUCCGCCGCCUCACUCUCUUUGGACGACGACAUGGCGGCUGAACUCACAAGACACCUGUCUACAAAGUAAACACAUUACGUGAGUUAUCAUCUUUAUGGUGCGUCUCAUAUACAGUUAAAUACAUAACUGUGAGCUAAUUGGGACAUAAAAUUGAUUAUUAAAUAAUGUGUUAAAGACAGGACAAGCAUAUAAAAUGGUUGUUGUAAUCGUGGACCACUAUAAUCACAUUUAAAGUAGACAAAGUGGCGACACUGUCGUAAAUGGUCAUGGUAAGGUUUUAAACGUACAUAAUGACAGGUUUUGGGAUAUCAAUAAUGUAAUAAUACGAAUAUAAAACAAUUAUGUGAAUAAUAAGAAUCAUACCAACACAAACGCGCAACUCGCCAGCUCCGUACACGUGGUUUCCCAGCAUGCAACCCUCACAGGCUCGACUACGGAAGGCGAGAAAGGACAAUGGCUUCACACCAUCUACCAGCUACUACGCAAGCGGUAACUAAAGCAAACACUGUCACAAUUACAACAUAGAAGCGUCAAAGUUGUAAUAUGUGUCAUACUGUUAUGGUAUUUUACAGUUUUCAGGUCGUGAUAGCUGUACUCCUUUGCUGUGUGUAACAUUAGGAAAUCAAUUUUCGGGUUUUCACCGCCUCCUUUUACCCGGAGGUCAUCUAGGACCGGAAGUAAUCAAGUGUAAACAUUAGAUGGCAACCACAAAAGUUCUGACUGAAACUCCGCUAUGAGUGGCGGAGUGUGUGGGAGACUUCUGCGACCUUCAGCCUCCCGCUGGUGGACGGUCUCGGCCGGGCGGGGGCCUGAAGCCCGCAGGAGUCAAUCUCGGUCCGGAGGUGGUACCGCGAAUGUGUUUGACCGGACCAUGAAGAAGAGACAGAAGGACUGGGCGGCAUCAGCGAAGGACAGCCGAAAGUAUGAUUACUUGAGAGAAGAGGUUGGCAGUCGAGUGGCUGACCGCGUGUACGACGUCGCCAGGACGUUUCCUGUGGCGCUGGAGGUUGGCUCUGGCCGAGGACACAUAGCUCAACAUUUAAAUAAGGACAUUGUGGAGCGUUUGUUCCUAACGGACAUCUCAGGCUCCACCUUGCGGCAGGUCAGCUGCGGUGAGAUGACAACACAUGUGCUCAUGGCCGAUGAGGAGUUUCUUCCUUUCAAGGAGAACACCUUUGAUCUGGUGCUGAGCAGCUUGAGUCUGCACUGGAUCAACGACCUGCCGGGAGCACUCAGACAGAUCCGUCACGUCCUCAAGCCGGACGGCGUCUUCAUCGGGGCCAUGGUGGGCGGGGACACGCUCUAUGAGCUGCGCUGUUCUCUCCAGCUGGCCGAGACUGAGAGGGAGGGGGGCUUCUCCCCCCACAUUUCCCCCUACACGGCCGUCACUGACGUGGGUAACCUCCUGGGCCAGGCGGGCUUCAAUAUGCUCACUGUGGACAUUGAUGAGGUCCAUGUCCACUAUCCAAGCAUCAUGGAGGUCAUGAUGGACCUACAAGGGAUGGGCGAGAGUAACUGUGCGUGGAACAGAAAAGCCAUGUUGCAUCGGGACACCAUCUUGGCUGCCGCAGCUGUUUAUAAAGAGAUGUAUGGGAAUGAGGACGGCUCAAUUCCCGCCACCUUUGAUGUCCUCUACAUGAUUGGCUGGAAGCCUCACGCGUCUCAGCCCAAAGCAGCCAAACGGGGCUCGGGCAGCGUCUCCUUUCGAGAUUUAUCCCAAAUCACGCAGGAUCCCAGUCACAAGUGAACAACUGUACUUCAACUACUUCUUAUUAAACAUAUUCAACAUUA